AUGCACACGUGUACUUCCGGGAACAAAGACGACCACGUCGAAAUGUUUUCCUUUCAGGUCUUUGACCACCCGAUGUCCCGUGGCUUCCAGAACCGCUUUUCCACUCAGUAUCGAUGCUACUCUGUGUCCAUGUUGGCCGGUCCGAACGACCGUUCCGACGUGGAGAAAGGAGGCAAAAUCAUAAUGCCACCUUCAGCACUCGACCAGCUCAGCAGACUUAAUAUCACCUACCCGAUGCUGUUCAAGCUGACCAACAAGAACUCAGACCGAAUGACUCACUGUGGUGUUCUAGAGUUUGUGGCAGAUGAGGGAAUCUGCUACCUGCCGCACUGGAUGAUGCAGAAUCUGCUGCUGGAGGAAGGUGGGCUAGUCCAGGUUGAGAGCGUUAACCUGAUGGUGGCAACCUACUCCAAGUUCCAGCCACAGAGUCCUGACUUUUUGGACAUAACAAACCCCAAAGCAGUGCUGGAGAAUGCAUUGAGAAAUUUUGCCUGCUUGACCACUGGUGAUGUCAUUGCCAUCAAUUAUAAUGAAAAGAUUUAUGAGCUGCGAGUAAUGGAGACAAAACCAGACAAAGCGGUAUCCAUAAUCGAGUGUGAUAUGAAUGUGGAUUUUGAUGCUCCUUUGGGUUACAAAGAGCCUGAACGCCGGUCUCAGCACCAGGAAGAACCGACCGAGGAAGAGGCUGACCCAAGCACUUACGCCGAUAUGGACACGCGCUUUAGAGCUUUUACUGGCUCUGGCAAUCGCUUGGACGGCAAAACAAAAGGGAUCGAACCCAGCCCUGCUCCACUCGGCCCCAGUGAUAUUAUAAGAGGUAUCCCCAACUACGAUUUCAAAGUCGGCAGGCUCACGUUUAUCCGAAAUUCAAGGCCAGUGCCAAGGAGAAUGGCUGAGGAUGAUGACGCUAUGAGCAGAUUCAUCGCCUUCUCUGGAGAAGGACAAUCGUUACGCAAGAAGGGCAGAAAACCCUGA